CGGGGCAGGCGAGGGCGCCAUGCUGAGCCGGCUGCAGGAGCUGCGCAAGGAGGAGGAGACGCUGCUGCGUCUGAAAGCGGCGCUGCACGACCAGCUGAACCGGCUCAAGGUUGAAGAAAUGGCAUUGCAGGCAAUGAUCAAUUCAAGCAGAGGGGCCGGGGUGCUGCCCUCACAGCCUGCACCCGAUCCAGCACAGGAUAUGCUGGUGCACGUGGACAAUGAAGCAUCCAUCAACCAGACAGCACUGGAGCUGAGCACAAGGUGCCACGGGCCAGAAGAGGAAGAGGAGGUGGAGGAAGAAUCAGAUUCCUGAAGGGGAAGACUCAGGGCUGGUUCAUCUGGGGUCUUAAGGAUCCAGAACUUUCUCUUUACGAAUUCUCUCACCAUGGGCCCGAUGACCUACAGAAGGAAGCAAGAACUUCAAGAGUGGAAAGUUGUGAAAGUGGGUCCACUAACUCAGGUUCUGGGGUGCUUUCGCAAAAAUCACAGACCAAGAAAAGCGACAGUGGUUGGGCACUGGGUGGAGUGGGCGGGGCUGCACCUGACUCGGUGAUUAUGAUGGAACAGAAAUCGUCUCUGAGAUGCCCUGGGCAUUUACAAGCAGCUUUCGCGGCCAGUAGUGUUGCCUAUAAGAAAACCCUCUCCGGGCUGCUGUCUGCAUGCCACCAAGUCCCAGGGGCACAGAGCAAGACCACAGCUAGGAGAGAAAGGUGGAGGGUGCAGGGUCACUUAAGCAUGUGUUGAGCCACAGGCAGCACUGCCCACUGUGGACCGCCUGUGGCUACCUGCAGGUGGAGGGGCAGUAAAAUACGCCAAGAACAAGAAGGCGGUUCAGGAUCACAGCCACCAGGAGGGUGCUGGCUUCGUGGCAGCUGCCCAAGAAUCACCUUUGGGGGAACAUACAGCAGGAUGGGCUCAAGCCCACACCUGGGCUUAGGGAGGAAAUUUGCCAUGAAAAUGCAAAACCAGCUUGGUGAUUG